AUGCUAGUGGCGAUGCUACUGAAGCUGGCGGGCACGCCGUGCCGGGAGUCCAGUAACUCGUGCGACCUGCCGGAGUACUGCACGGGUGCCCACCCGCUGUGCCCGGCCAACGUGUACCUCCACGACGGCCACGCCUGCCACAGCGUGGACGGGCACUGCUACAACGGCAUCUGCCAGACCCACGAGCAGCAGUGCAUCACCCUGUGGGGGCCCGAGCGUCUUCAGGCUAGCCUUCCAGCUAGCCCUUCAGACAGAGGGGACAGAACCCAGACCCUUCCACACAAACCCCUAACCAGACUCUCCUGUCCCCCAAACCUCGUAUCCCCAGGAGCCAAGGCGGCCCCCGGGAUCUGCUUCAAGCGGGUCAACUCGGCCGGAGAUCCCUACGGCAACUGUGGGAAGGACUCCAAGGGCUCUUUCGCUAAGUGUGAAGCACGAGACGCACAGUGUGGCAAGAUCCAGUGUCAAGGAGGAGCCAACCGCCCUGUGAUUGGCACCAACGCCGUCUCCAUAGAAACCAACAUCCCCCUGCAGGAGGGGGGGCGGAUCCUCUGCCGGGGGACACACGUCUACCUCGGGGACGACAUGCCGGACCCCGGCCUGGUGCUGACCGGCACCAAGUGUGGAGACGGCAUGAUGUGUCUGAACCGGCGGUGCCAGAACGUGAGCGUCUUCAGCGUGCAGGAGUGUUCUUCAAAAUGCAGCGGUCGGGGGGUGUGCAACAACAACAACAACUGCCACUGCGAGCCGCACUGGGCCCCGCCCUUCUGCGACGCAGCCGGCUUCGGCGGCAGCGUGGACAGCGGCCCCAUGAGGCUGGCAGACAGCAGGGGUGUGAUCGUGGGGGUGCUGGUGGCCCUGCUGUCCCUCCUGGGGGCCGGCCUGGUGGUGUGUGUGAAGAGGAAGAGCCUGCCUGGGGGCCUCCUCACUGGGGGCCUCCUCAGCGGGCAGAAGAACCCCCUGGAGCAGCUCAGGUCGGUGAGCUCUGGGCCCGGCCGGACCGCCAGUCCCCCUCAUCCUCAGUCCCCCGGGGCCACGUCCCCCGGGGCCACGUCCCCGGCCCCCGCUCCACCCCCCAGCACCAGCAUCUACAAGGUAAACAAGGUCCAGGUCACCGUGCGACAGGGUCAGAGGAGGAUGGCUCUGAGGGUCUGA